AUAUCGCUCAUCUUUUUGAUCACCAGCUGUUUUUGGAGCCGUGGCAUUUUCUAUGCGCUCUACGUUCGUUUCGUAUCAGGAAUGCCGAUACCUACGCGCUCCCUCUCCCUGAGGGAGCCGACCGUUGGUCAGAGAAAGGAAUCCAACAUUGGACGGCCGACGACGACUAAAUUGAGUUCGAUCAAGACUCCGGUAUCGAAUUCAACGAACGCUUCCGGCGGGCCGGGGAGCCAGAGAAUUAAGACGCAAUGGAAGUCGUCGCCAACUGUCACUACUGCUUCGACUACGGAUGCUUCUUCUGUGAAUAAGGACGAUGCUCCUGCGCCCAGAAACAGUCUUCUGCCGCAGCGCAGCAGUUCACAAAGGGCCAAUGGACGUGCUGGAGAGGGAGUGUCGCUUCAGCGCCAGGAAAGUCGACUGCGGCGGCCUGGUCUAGCACAACCGGUCAGGGAACAACCUCAGGAAUCCUCUCCAGCGGCCCGACGUCAGAACGCAGCACAAACUGGGGAGUCAAAAGCUUCUACAGCGCUCCAAUCUGGGUUAACGGCUGUUCCAAACCUACCCAGGCUACCGUCUCCGGCGAAAUCGCAAACAACAUCUCCCAGAGCUGUUUCUACACUGAGAACCGACAAUGUUCCCUCUAAGUCUACUGAUCCAGGCUCUCCUCAGAGAUCGCAGAUGCUUCCUCCUGCACGUCCCACAAGAUCCGCAUCGUUACGGCAGCCGGCCACCGCCAGCUCAGCUAAACCACCCGCUGGUAGGGGGCAUGCAAGGCACCGUAUCCAGGUUGUGACAACAUCAUCAUCAUCAUCAUCAUCCAGAAAUGAGUUACCUGCAAGGUCCGAUGCGGCUUCGUCUGUCUCACUGGCAAGGUCACGACCGCAAUUCUCAACAUACCAGCAGCAUUACAGUCCCAAAAAGAACACGAAACCCCCAACACCUACGACAGCGGCUAGCUCUGCUUCCACAGAGCUGGACUCCUUCAUGAUACCUUCGUCGCGAUCAGAUAUCGCCGCUCUGCAGACGGAGAUUUUGCAACUACACCUCUUUUAUUCAUCCUACAACCAACAGAACAUGGAUUGGAAGACGACAUCUGAAAAGAAAUUGAGCAAGAUGUACAAUUCUAUCUCGGAUAGUUAUCGUUCCGUCUUGGCUCAAGAGCAGUCCAUUCAAAGAGAAUUGAACUACCUGGCUUUGGCCAAUUGGUCUGAGAAUAUCGCGAAAAAUACCAGCCGUCAAGAUUUCGCAGAACAGAUCCAGACUCUCUCUCAUGUUGUCCAAGAGGUAAAUGAUAUGACAGAGUCCCGCGAAGGGAGAUACCCUAAGGUGGUUCGUGUUUUCGAGGACUGGAUGGAGAAUGCGGCUCAAGUCAAGCAAGCCCGUGAACAAGCGUCUACAUCCUCAACGUUCAUGGGGGAUUUCGACUUCCUUGAUCCUCUAGACCGCACUUGGAAGGAGGAAGUUGAUGUGCUAAGCGCUAGACUUGACUUGUGCCUAAGGAAGCUACAGAACUUAGACAUCUGCGGGGAAUCAGAUCGCGACCAGCUGGGUAAUUCUGCGCUGCUGCGAAUUGCCAAUGGCCACCAAGAGCUGCUGGCAUCGAUGCUUGAAGAACUGUCUGUUAUGCGCAGCAUCGAAACAGACAUUGUCAGAUCAGAGAAAUCAUCGAUCACCAAACUUGUUGAUGAUUUGCAGCCUGUUGACGGAAGACUUGAAACUAGAGUUGGUGUCUGGACAUAACACCCG